AGUUUGUUAUACAUAAUCUGUGAUUUAAAAUUUGCCAGCUGGGCGGUUCCGAUAUUUAUUUUUAUAAUUUUAAAAUCAAAAUAUUUCCCUGAAAGCAAUAUAUCAAUCAAUUAUAGUUCUUGCCAUUAGGGACAUAUAUCACCACAUUUAAUGUUCGAACCAGUCGGAGCUGAGGCGUGUUCUUCCCACAUAUUUAGACAUACUGCAGAGAGGAGCGUGCAGUGAGCAGGAGCGCAGGGCCAGGGGAGGGCUCUAUAUGGCAAAGAGUCACCAUGAAGGUGGAUGCCGACGCCAGGGAAGCGCCCGCCGCACCGCCUGCCGCACCCGGAACGCCGAUCGCUAGUAAUACAGAAUCACCUGUAUCAUCUCUGGACGAUUACCGGAUAAUAGAAUCGACUAGUGAAGCAAUUCCGACCCCCGAUCGGGCAUUGCUCGCCAAGCUGGAGGAGGAGAACAGACGCAUCGAGGCGGACGCCAAGUGCCCCUCGUUGACCACCGUGCACAGCCGAAAGAGCUCAGAUACCUCACAAGUAUCUUUGGCCUCGGCAACAAGCUCAAGCCAUGACGCUGAGGCAAGAGUCAGCAGUAGCAGUAACGGAGAGGAAGACCUUUGGAGCCUCUGGGGUCGCAUCGUCAGCAACUGGGAGACUGAGUGGAAGCGACGCAACCAGUUCGUGCGAGACCUCGUCAGACAGGGAGUCCCGCACCAUUUCAGAGGCAUCGUGUGGCAGCUGCUGGCGGGAGUCGACACCUCCCCUGAGAAGAAACUCUACGCUUCAUAUAUAAAAGCGAAAUCAGCAUGUGAGAAGGUGAUCCGCCGCGACAUAGCAAGAACAUACCCUGAACAUGACUUCUUCAAAGAGAAAGAUGGCCUUGGCCAGGAGUCGUUGUUCAACGUGAUGAAAGCAUACUCUUUACAUGACCGGGAAGUUGGGUACUGCCAAGGAUCUGGAUUUAUCGUUGGCUUGUUACUUAUGCAGAUGCCAGAAGAAGAAGCUUUCGCGGUACUCGUAAAGAUUAUGCAGCAACAUCGCAUGCGGGACAUGUUUAAGCCGAGCAUGGCUGAACUGGGACUGUGCAUGUUUCAACUCGAGAACUUGGUACAAGAGCUACUGCCCGACUUACAUGUGCACUUCCAGUCGCAGAGUUUUAACACGUCACUGUACGCUAGCAGCUGGUUCCUAACUCUGUUCACUACUACGCUGACCUUGCCUCUUGCUUGCCGAAUCAUGGAUGUGUUCCUAUCUGAAGGAAUAGAGAUAGUCUUCAAAGUAGCGCUCGCUUUGCUCACUGUCGGCAAAAACGAUCUGCUGUCUUUGGACAUGGAAAGUAUUUUGAAGUAUAUACAAAAGGAAUUGCCGUCAAAAGCGGAAGCUGACCAGGAUGUUUUUAUGAACCUCGCGUAUUCUAUCAAGGUUAACCCGAAAAAGAUGAAAAAGCUCGAGAAAGAAUACACAGUUAUCAAAACAAAAGAACAGAGUGACAUUGCCGUGCUGAGGUGCCUGCGUCAGGAAAACCGGUUGUUGAAGCAGCGCGUAGAACUACUGGAGAAGGAGAGCUCUGGCUUGGCGGAGAGGCUGGUGAGAGGACAAGUGGACUUGGCUGAGGGAGAAGAGGAGACGUUCGCAUUGGCCAGGGAGGUGCAGGCACUGAGGAGGGCCAAUGUGGACGCUCAACAGCGCUUGGCAGUAGCGCAGGACGAGAUCCGCUCCCUUGAGAUGACUAUUGCUGAGAACAACUCCCGGCAAUCAUCCCUCGAAGGUAUAGAGGGGGGUAGCAGUCAGAAAGGGGAGGAGCUAGCUCGUUGCCUACAAAGGGAGCUGGUUAGAGCGAGGCUUCACGCCGCCGAACGCGAGGCAGCCGAGCGGGAGCUGACCGCCCGUAUAGCUGAGCUGGAGAAUGAGAAUAAGAGCCUGAGGAGACAGCGGGUCGAUAACAAUGUGGCGCAUUUGCAGGACGAACUAAUCGCCGUAAAGUUGCGCGAGGCUGAAGCGAAUUUAUCGCUGAAAGAUCUCCGACAGCGCGUGACCGAGAUCUCUGAGGCGUGGCAGCGACAUCUACAGGAGCAUAGACAAGAGGUGCCAGCGACGCCAGUACAGUCGAACGUCGUGUCCGACAUUAUGGCGACGCCUAAGAAGCUACUGCGAGCUUGGGAAGGCAGGUCCGCUGAUACACAGAAACUUGAAGAGGAUCUGAUGACCACUAGGAUACGGGAGGUCGAGGCACUGACGGAGCUUAAAGAGUUGAGACUGAAGGUGAUGGAACUCGAAACCCAAGUCCAAGUGUCGACGAACCAGCUCCGCCGUCAGGACGAAGAAGCUCGUCUGCUACGAGAGAGCCUCGACGCAGCGCUGCAACGCGAGCGAGUCUUGCAGACCAGGCAGCGAGAGUUCCAGCACAAGUAUGCUGAUCUGGAGAGCAAGGCUAAAUACGACUCCAUGCAAGCGAACAUUCGCAAUAUGGAGGACGCUCAAAGAAUAGCCGAGCUGGAAACUGAGGUGUCGGAGUAUAAAUUAAAGAACGAAGUGAUGGCCACAGAAGGCGAACUUCGCAACAACAUGGACAGUGACACGGACCGAGUUCGCGAGUUGCAGGAACAAGUCGCCGAACUAAAGGCCGAGGUCAUGAGGCUAGAGGCCUGGAAGUCGCGGGCUCUGGGGCACACGGAGAUCAGCCGCGCCGUCUCUUUCGAGGACGACUUAGAGGAGGACGAGAAACUUAAGUUAAUUCUACGACGCGAAUCUUCCACUUCCCUCGACCUAUCCGCUAUGUCCCGGAAACCCACGUAACGAAUACCCACUCUAGUGUUCGUUUCCCUUACGUGCUGUCUGCACUCAUUCUCUCACUUUUCUGUGUACUUAUUAGUGCCUUUAUUCUUUCUUCCUGUAGAACGCGUAAAAUCAAUGUUCGUUCUUUUCAUUGUUCAUUACAUUAGUAUUCGCUUAAUAUAACAUCGUUUAGUGUUUCUCGUACUACUCAUCUAGCGUCUGCGUCAGGACCCCUGUCACAACUCUCCGAUCCUCUCGAAAUACAUAUAGAGAGUUGCUACCUAAUUGCUACCAACUACCAUUAGUUGCUACCAAUUGCUACCCUCGUGGUUUUGAAGAUAUUCAGAAUCUAAAGGUGACAGCCAUUCUGAUAUCAGGCGCCGUUUUUUCACACUGGAAAAAGUGACAGCCAUCCUGAUAUCAGAAUGGCUUAGGUAGCAACUCUCUAUAAGUAUUUCGAGAGGAUCGGAGAGUUGUGACAGGGAUCCUGACGCAAACCAUCUAACGCCUACCAUUGACCGCGGAAUUCUCUUAUUAUGUUAUUCAGUAGUUGUGCUAGACAUCUUUUCGAACGAUUGUUAUGAAUAAAACAUAGUGAAAUAGCUAUAGAUCAAAAUACAAUCAAUAAUCUACUCGUAGAUGGCUUAGACUCCAAUAGAUUCACUGGUCCAGUCUCAUGAUGCCAACUACAUUGUACUUACACCGUGACCUCAAGAUAAGGGGUGCACUUUUUAGCCGCAGCUCACUAAAAAGAACAUCCGUAAUUUUGAUAGGCUCUCAACAUUGAUGCACAUUAUUAGUAAUAUGUAGUAAGGAUAAUUUAUAUGGUUGUAGUUGAGACAUACAGGUAGGUAGUUUUAAUAUAAUAGUAGUAUUUUAUAGUUUAUUGAAUAUGACGAUCGAUUAUUGGGUAGAAAAAUACUUAUAUAGGACACACCAUGUGGUAAAUAGAACUUGACAUAAGCGUUACGAUAAACUUUCACAAGCAAAUUGGUAGCUUUGAUCUCAAGAGACGACCAUGCUUAUUUACUUAUACGCAAUAUUUUGAUUGCAUCAGAAAUCGCUUUAUGGUGCAGGUAUUUAUUUGCUAUUUGAUUUCCUUUUAUGUUGCAUUGACAACAUACCUACUAUGUUGCAAACUUUACGUGAUUUUGUUAAAACCGAUGGCACUACAACAUUGUUUUACUACACGCAAGCAACGACACGGUAAUAAUUGUAGGCUGUUCUUGAUUCGUAGAGAAUAUUUAAAAUUCAUAACAUGCUUGUGUGGUAGUAAAUUGCCCUUGCCCAAAUUCAUGCCAUUAGACAAAUAAGGCCCAUAAUAUCAAAUAGUUAACUGAUUGGAGAAAAUUCUGACCAAGCUAAACUCCAUCGAAAGAAUGGGCCUAAAAUAUUAGUUCCAUGUCGGGUCACUUUUGUGUAAUGCUAUGUAACACUUCGAAAUAUAAUCACUAUCAUUUGUCUAACUAAAGCAUUUCUUAACAAACAUUCCAACUUGUAAUUUCUUAUUAUUUAUUUAAAUAUAUAAAAAAAGUAUUUUGUUAUUUUACCUUAGAAUGUAUUUCUAAAUAAUAUAAUUAUGUUAACUUAGUUAUGCUGUUAUUUUUAGAUGCGAUAGGGAAGACAGUCUAGUAUUGAUGGCAAUAUUACGCGUACUUAUUUAAUUAAUGCUUACGUAUUUUUAUUAGGUUUUAAGAUGAAGUAUUUAAAUGAAAUAUCCAAACUAUGUGUUUGUAUUAAUUUAUGAAUGUAAAAAAUACUCAACAUAUUGUUAAACAUUGAUUUUCUCUGUCCUGGCCCUAACACUAAAAUGGUGGUAUAAUGUAACUGCUGCUUCGCAGUCAUUACGGGUAGUCAGAAGCCACUAAAUCUAACCGAGGGGUACUGGGUUGCCCGGGUAACUGGGUUGAGGGGGUCAGAUAGGGCAGUCGCUCCUUGUAAAGCACUGGUACUCAGCUACAUCCGGUUAGAUUGGAAGCCGACCCCAACAUAGAUGGGAAAAAGGCUCGGAGGAUGAUGAAUGUAACUGCUGCUUGCACCUUCGCUUGCUAUUUUCGAUUAAAAUUAAAUUUAAUUUAGGUCCGAUUUUAUAACUUUUAUGUGAAGAAUAUGUUUGAUGUUCUGACAGCUUAAGGGUAGAUAAAAAUAUGUCAACUCGCUAUAUUUAUUUGUUGGACAGGAAUGCAUGUUUAAAAUUCCACCCUUAGUGAGCGUUGGUGCAAACUUUUAUAGAGUUGGGUAAAAUUAAUUUGUUUUUUUUUAUAAAAAAUUGGGCACUUGCAAGCAAUAUCCAAAGCCAUUUUGCACAAGUUAUUUUCAAGCUUCGCAAUCCAUUAUCGAAUAUGAAAUACUUGAUUUGUCAAUUUUGCUUAGCCCUUAUAUAAAGCUUUACUUUAUUCUUGUUAAAUUGUAACAGAUUUAUGAGAGACAUAUAUUUUAAUUAAUAUAAUACCCAGAGUUAGUAUUUCACCAUUACACAUGAUGGUCCCAAAUAAUUCCUAUCCCUAAGACUACUAUGGAUAGUUUUAGUUAUCGUUAUUAUUGAUAUACAUAUUUUAUGUGUUGUGACCAUAUCAUUUAUUAACCAACAACAUACUGGCAGCUACUAUGACAAGGUUCUGUAUUGUGUACAAUAAUCGGCAAUUUAUUUUACAUUGUCAUAUAGGUACUUGCAAUCAAGGAUUUACCAGAUAAGAAUAAAAAUGUUUUUUAUGUCAAUAGUGUGUAUAGGUACAUUAUUUCGUAAAUGUAAUUAAAUUGUAUUAUUUCACGUUCAGUUAACCAUCACAGUAUACAAGUGUAUACCUAUCAUUCAUGACCCAAUAUAUUCCUGUAGUUAUAAUAACUAAACGAUUGUGCAAUGAACAACGCCUAAACAAUAAAACAGCUAACAUAAAGCAAUGUAUAGGAAUAAAAUAAACCUACAUUUUUUACUUUUAUAUAAUUGACUAAUAUAAUAAAGAUAUUUGUCUUGUAAAUUUUAUAGGCAGCUUUAUGAGAUUUUGUUUGCUCAAUGUCUAUCCUGCAUAUAAGAUUAAUAGAAUUGUAAUAAUAAAAAUAGUAUCGCAUUGAGGUAAAAAUGAAAAAAACCACGAGUUAAUUAUCCUGAUGCCGAUGACGUUUGUUAUAGAUAUGUUUUUGAAAAAAUAAUGUUCCCUGUUUACUCAUAGUCAAUUGAAUACCCGGGAAUAUUCCUGCACCAUGUUACAAGUAAUGAAAGCAAACAUGGGACUCCCAUGUUUGCUUUCAUGCAAAGCGUCAUCACAGCACGCUGUGAACGCUUAACGAUCACUAAUUUUUUACACUUUACUCGUGACUUUUAAGUAUUUUCAUAUUGUGUAUUGGAAAAUAAAGAUAAUCUUGUAUUCCAUUUUUUAUUACAAAUAAAGACUUGUAACUCAA